UUUGCGUAUGUCGCCAUAGUUUGGAACCUUAUAGGAGAAAUUCGUCUUCUCGGGUGCUUACUUGUUUGCUGAUGGGCAUCACUGUAAAAAACAAUCAGAACGGGAGUGAUUCGAUUGCAUCGACAACCAAGAGUCAGCAUGAAAAGGUUCAAGCUUUCUCCUUGCUCCAACAGAAAUAUGUCCCAAGUACGAAUCCAAGCAUACAUUUCUCUGGAACGAAAAGUUCCCCUGAUUUGAGCUGUGCACUCAAUGUUGGUGAGAAGAGAAAGAGGAAUGAGUGUGGUGAAAGUUGCAGUACUGAAAAUCGCAGCAAGUCUCAAGAUGUUAUUGUAAAUCUAAGUAAAGAUGGCAAUAGAAGAGUGUCCAAUGAUAAUGGAGAUGCAGGAGAAGAGUCUGGAAGCGGAAAGCAACUCCAUGAGGUUGAUCUUUGGAGUAAAGAAACAUUGCCAAAUGCCUUGAACAGGAAUGGCCAGUCAAAUAGGAAACAAGCUGUUCAUGUCGGAGCCGAUGUGGGGAUCUUUCAGAAUCCUGACGGUGAUAAAAACUAUGGUUUUUGUGAUACAAGUUUAGAAGUUGCAGCACAAGCAAAGACUUCUGAAUCUGCUGAUCCAAAGUUUAACGACUUUGAUAAAGUUAGAGAAGAUGCAAACUUUGCGGUUGGGCAGACCUGGGCUCUUUAUGGUACAGCUGAUGGGAUGCCUAGACUGUAUGCUCAGAUCAGAAAAGUUUUGGCUCCUUCCUUUGGGCUUAGGAUCACAUAUCUAGAGCCAGAUCCAGUUGAUGAGAAAGAGUUACUGUGGUUUGAAGAAGACUUGCCUGUUUCUGUUGGUAAGUUCAGGUUUGGGAAAAACCAGAACACGAGGGAUUGUUCCAGAUUCUCCCAUCUCAUCCAAUGCAAUGAAGGAAGCAAAACUGGCCAUUUCACUGUCACCCCAAGAACAGGAGAAACUUGGGCUCUAUUCAAGAACUGGGAUAUGAAGUGGUCUUCCGAGCCAGAAUCUCACCGCAAACAUGAGUAUGAGUUUGUCGAGAUUUUUUCAGACUACGCUGAUGGAACUGGUAUAUUUGUUGCAUACUUGCAUAAAGCAAAAGGGUUUGCAAGUGUCUUCUUUCGAAUGGGAACCGAUAAUGCGGACAUAUUUCGUAUUUUACCUCACAGUUUGUAUCGGUUCUCCCAUAAGGUUCCUUCUUUCAAACUGAACGGAGUUGAAGGAGUGCCAAAAGAUGCUUACGAGCUGGACCAAGCUGCUUUACCAGAAACAAUCGAAGAGGUAAUCGUGCCUUCAAACUCUGAGAGUAAGAGAAAGUCUAAACCUCAAGCCAUCUACUUUGCUAGCGAAGGGAAGGUUUUUCAGACUGGCCAGAUUUGGUCAUUUCACGAUGGUUUAGAUGAUAUGCCACUGUACUACGGCAAGAUUCAGAAGAUCACUUUUACUCAGGCAUUCAAGCAAGAACCAGAGUUUAAACUACAUAUAAGCCGGCUAAAGCCUACUCGUUUCCCUCUGGAUGUUAUCAACUGGAAAUACGGGGGAAUGCCUGUUGGUUGUGGAACUUAUUAUGCGAGAAAAGCUCUCGAAAUAAUCACUCCAUAUAAGCUUUCACAUCAGGUAUUGCCUGAAAUCUCCUUGGAUGGAGUUGAAUAUACCAUUCUCCCCAAGAUUGGUGAAGUUUGGGCGAUAUACAGAUACUGGAGUAUAUACAUUGAUGUUGAGGAUUUGGAAUAUGGUCUUUAUGACAUUGUCGAAAUUCUUGAUGACACCUUGGACUUUAAGGUCCAACUGCUGAAGCAAGAAUCCGUUCAUGAGGAUGAUGAUGGUCUAAAUGAUAAUAGGUUUUUUAAGGCAUGCACGGAGUAUACGUCUAACGAAGUUGAUGGGUCGGAACCAAUAUUUACGAUCCCAAAGUCGGAAAGGAUCCGAUUCUCGAACAAGGUUCCUGCUUUGCGCGUAACCAAAGAGAUAUGCGGAGAGUUAAGAGAGCUUUUCAGUAUUGAGUUUAACGCAGCACCUAUAAACGUUAUACACAGUUGAACAGAGGAAGUGAGA